UAAUUUGUAGCUAACAUGAAUAGUUGGUCAAACGAGACCGGUUUUGUUUAUGUCACCGUCGCCAUACCUACGGUUUACUGACACCCUUCAUUUUGUAUUAUUUUUCUUUUAUAAAUUUGCUCAAGAGUGUUAGAUUUUGCUGACAACUCUGAUUUAGAUUGCAGGAUAUUAUACCUUAUUAUUUUGUUAAAGUUUUGUUAACGCACAUCCGCUUCAAUGACGAAGGAAACAGGGAGUUUCGGAAAGAGGAGGAACAAGAGUCACACUCUCUGUGUGAGAGAUGUGGAAAAGAGAUGUGGCCGUCGCAGCUUCCACAUCCAGAAGAGCCGUUGCUCCACCUGUGCUUACUCGCAAGAGACCUACAACUGGAGUGUGAAGACAAUCCGUAGAAAGACUACAGGAACUGGAAGGAUGAGGUAUCUUCGCAAUGUGCCUCGCAGGUUCAAGACCAGUUUCAGGGAAGGUACCGAAGCUAAGCCAAGGAACAAGGCAGCGGCUUCAUCAGCUUACCCUAUAACCCUAAUUUCUCGAUCGACGAUUGCUGAUCGUCUGCGACCUUGACUCUCUGACGUCUUAUUUUCCUCUCGCCAUCUGAAACGGUCCGAGUAAUGGCGUCGUGUUCCUAUUACUUCUUUGAUUUGAGGGGCAUGAGAGUUUCUGAGAGCUAUAGAUAGUGAGAGAGGAGAAAAUGAAUGAUGAGGUCGGAGCUUCGUCGUUUUAAAUUGGAGAUUCUCUCGGAUUUUUGGUGAAGGAAGUGCUGGCAAAGAAGUUCAAUAAGGCGUCUUCACCUCCUUCCCUUUCCCGGAAGUUUCUUCACUGGAAUCUGUACCUUCACCAGCGCAUACCACGGUGGCCGGGAUGACUCGAAGCCAAUCGGAGUGGGCCUUCCAGAGGCUUCUCAAGGAGAUGUCCGGUUCCAAUCAAACCAACAACGCAAUCGAUCGGUGGUGGAAGUGGUAGUGAGUAUGUAUUUUAGAUCUGGUCAACUAAGUGAGGAGGAAGAUGAUUAUGGAGAUGACGAAAUCGGAGACUCGCUGGGACUCAACGGAGAAGAAGACGUUUUGCUUCUUCCUUGCUCCCCAGCAGAUAAAAUACUAAUUAAUCCAGCUGCUGCUGAAGCUACCGUAUUGUUGCUUCACCAGUCCCCUCAGCCAUACAAGGCCCGUAGAUUCAUUCUUGGUAAAAUUCGGAAUCCCAGUGAACUUGAAGUAACAUCUGUUUGACUGAAAGUGUAUGUUUGUACUUUUAUAAAAUUCUCAGAUGGCAUCUGCUAGGUUUCAAGCUGCUGCAGGCUAUUAAAGAAGCAGCUAAUCAUGGAAUGGAGUUUUAUUUCCACUGAGGAUAAAUGGGGUUUGAUUUGGUAAUUUUCUCUUCUUUUUAUGCUAUUUUGUUGAUCAAUGCUUAAGCUUCCACUUAGUUGAGUUGAGCGGUUGGUAUAGUAAUUUUAUUACUUUGCGAAUAUAUUUGGAGAAGUCAUGCUUCGCAAUAUAGUAACUUUAGGUUACUGGAACUUUAUUUCUAAACUGUGGAACCUGCUACUUCUUCACUGUAAUGGACAGAGGCUAAGUCCUUUGGUGCUCCUGGAACCCGUGUUGCUGAAUUAUUAUUUAACACCUCCUUGACAGGUUAGCGGCAGGGACAUUAGAUGGAGUUGGAGUCGAGCAAGAUAGAAGAGAGGAGAUGGAGUUGGUUCAGAAGCGAGGGAAGAGAGAUAGAUGAGAAGCUUGAUGGUGGUGGAAGAGCAGAAAUGUUAGGGAUGAUUGUGAAGGGUUAUUAGUGGUAGAUUGAUAGUAUCUUUGAUAGGUUUUGAUGGUUUAGGUAAACAAGGAAAUGUUUUAUGGUUUUGUAAACGUUUAAAUAUUUUUUUUUAGUUUUUAUAAUAUGUUUAAUGUUUUAAUUA